ACUUUCACGGCCUGGUGCAACUCUCAUCUGCGAAAGGCAGGAACGCAGAUCGAAAACAUUGAAGAGGAUUUCAGAGAUGGACUCAAACUCAUGCUGCUCUUAGAGGUCAUCUCAGGGGAGAGGUUACCAAAACCUGAAAGAGGAAAGAUGAGAGUUCACAAGAUCAACAACGUCAACAAAGCGCUGGACUUCAUCGCCAGCAAAGGAGUCAAACUGGUGUCCAUCGGUGCAGAAGAAAUCGUGGAUGGAAAUGCCAAGAUGACUCUGGGAAUGAUUUGGACCAUCAUCCUCCGCUUCGCCAUCCAGGACAUCUCAGUGGAGGAAACCUCCGCUAAAGAAGGAUUGUUGCUCUGGUGUCAGAGAAAGACGGCUCCUUACAAGAACGUCAACGUUCAGAACUUCCAUAUCAG